GGAAAAAGCGUUUGGGACGAUGUCCAAACGUCUCUGCCCCAAACUGAGGAACAGACGAUUGAACAGGCUCGACAAUAUGGCCGCCAACUCGCUCAUGCUGUAGCACUUCUGCAUUCUGUUGGCAUCGCUCAUGGAUGUAAGCACCGCUAUUCCCAAUGAUAUCGUUGGCAAGAAUUGCUGUACUUAAUUUCGAAUCAGACCUAUCCCAAUCCAAUGUUCUCACCCAAAUCUCAAAAUGUCACUAUGAUUCUCUUGAAGAACUUUACAAGGUCAUAGGCGAGCCUGAAAGAGUCAAAGCCACCCGUGGAAAGAAAACCGCUGAUGAACGUGAUACACUACAUCUUGUUAGUUCCGCCGAUCUAUUGAACCUUCCGCGUACGGGCAAAGUCCUGGUCGUAGACUUUGGUUGUGCGUUCUUUAUAGACUAUCCUCCUACCGCUGGUGUAGGGAUACCUAUUGCGUACGCCGCACCAGAGAUUCUUUAUGAGAAGGUUGAUGCAGAGGCUGCCUCGCCAGCUGUUGACCUCAGGGCCACUGGACGUCGCUUGUUCGAAUGGUGCCGCGGACGACAGGUCUUCACUGGCUAUAAUCGAGAAGUCACAUCCGCUGCCUCGCCAGCUGUUGACCUCUGGGCCAUUGGAUGUCUCUUAUUCGAAUGGUGCUGCGGACAAAAGCUCUUCACUGGCUAUGCCCGAGAAACCAUAUCGGCUGAGUGGACUGUACUUCUGGGAAAGCUGCCUGAGCCAUUCUGGGAAGAAUUCUCAGGGCGGAAGAAACUCUUCGAUGAUCACGGAAAGUUGCGGCGGAAUCAGAGCCUUCCUUAUGUCCUGGAGGAGGUCACUGACAUCUCACACUGGCUGAACAAAUGCUGGGGUAAGCCAAGUGGGUACAGCAAAGAAAUGUCUCGCUUUAAUACACAGUCUAUGCCGUGGUACCCUGAUCACUGGCCAGCUCCACCUCGGAUUCCGAUAUCAGUCAGCAGAGAUAUGACCAAAGAACGUAGUGUGGUCACACGAAUCACGCCUGGCCUCUCUUAUAAGACAACUACAACAAAUCUUAAUGAUGAGUCCAAUCACCUCAAACCUGACGACGAAAAUCUCCAGGUCGAGAUAGAAAAUUCUCCUCUUGAUGUCGGCGUUUCUACGCGAAGUCAACCCAAGAACAUUAUUGACACGCCUUUAUCACGAUGUGCUCCUACAAAAGCUCCUAUACAACUUCCUCCUGGCGCUGCAGACUUCCACUGUCUUUUGAAGCAACUGCUUGUUUAUGAUCCGGACCAGCGGCUACCAGCGCUUAUGGUCUUGCGACAUCAUUGGUUUUUGGACAACCCUAAACCAUGCGAAGCUAAAGAAAUAACUGCAACCCAGGGAGCAACAGACCCAACAUCUGCUACUUCCAAGGAGGAUGGACCUGAGCCGUCUGGAUUAGAGGCUAGAAUUCCCACCAGGUGGUCUUUGGCUUUUGACGAAGGGUCACAGAGAUGGGAAUACUUCCGAAAGCUUGAAGAGCCGAUGUAAUAUAAUAGUGAAUGAAGG